AGAGUUUACACACCAACGUUAUACAAAUCUCCGGAAACGUCUUGGCGCUGGCAAACAACAUAUACCACGAGCCCCUGCCUGUCCACGUGACACAGCGUGGUCGUCGCGCUAGAGUCCUCGUUGCCAUGGAGAGGAUGGUACACGCCUUAUCUGGACAGACGACUUAAUUUAACUUUAUCUUACACACAACUUCACUAUCUUCAGUCCCAGACAACGGAAAAGGGCGAGCAGUCAUAGGAAAUGGCCUGAGAAAUAUAGUUUGCACAGUUGUAUAUGUGUGAGCUGUAUUCUUUUCCAUCUGGGAGAGAGAGGGCGCUGCAUGAACAAGGAUGAACCGUUAUACCACACUGAAGCAGCUGGGGGAUGGCACCUACGGCAGUGUGCUUAUGGGCAGAAGCAAUGAGUCUGGGGAGUUGGUCGCCAUCAAGAGAAUGAAGAGGAAGUUCUUCUCCUGGGAGGAGUGUAUGAACCUGAGAGAAGUGAAGUCACUAAAGAAACUGAAUCAUGCCAACGUGGUGAAACUAAAGGAAGUAAUCAGAGAAAAUGACCAAUUGUACUUCAUUUUUGAGUACAUGAAAGAGAAUCUCUACCAGCUGAUGAAAGACAGAGAAAACAAGAUGUUCACUGAAAAUGAAAUAAGGAACAUCAUGGUUCAAGUGCUCUCUGGUUUGGCAUUUGUGCACAAGCAUGGAUUUUUCCAUCGGGAUAUAAAGCCAGAAAAUCUGCUGUGUAUGGGUCCUGAACUGGUGAAAAUAGCAGACUUUGGUCUGGCCAGAGAGAUCCGUUCUCGGCCUCCCUAUACAGACUAUGUCUCCACACGAUGGUAUCGAGCUCCAGAGGUGCUUCUGAGGUCAUCUGUGUACAGCUCUCCUAUAGACAUGUGGGCAGUGGGCUGCAUUAUGGCAGAGCUCUAUACAUUACGACCUCUUUUCCCUGGCAACAGUGAGGUCGAUGAGAUCUUCAAGAUCUGCCAGGUUCUUGGCACAGUGAAGAAGACAGACUGGUUGGAGGGUCAUCAACUGGCUGCAGCAAUGAACUUCCGCUUUCCUCAGUGUGUUCCCACACCUCUAAAAACCCUCAUCCCCAAUGCCAGCAAUGAGGCUCUGACACUAAUGAAGGAUUUGCUGUAUUGGAACCCGAAAAAGAGGCCAACUGCUGUGCAGGCACUCAGGUACCCCUACUUUCAAGUGGGCCAGGUGCUGGGACCGCAGCGUCAAACCCCUGACCUUUGUAAGUCGCAGGUGAAAACAGCUCAUCCCAACAAGACCAAAUCUGAGCUGCAGUCAGUCUCUGAGCCAGCCCUAUGCUCUAAGUCCAAGGUUCAGGGCAGGAAUUCCCAUCAGCCCCUGCAGCCAAUCUCCCUGCCUCAGGCCCCCAUUCAGGCAGACCAUCAAGCUGAGCCUCUACCACUCAAUACACAAAAGAGGCCUGUGGGAAAUGAGAACAGCCUGAUGGGACUAAAAAGUGGGCGGAGACGCUGGGGACAGACCAAACGCUCUGAUAGCUGGGACGAGUCAGAUCCCUCAGAUACAGCUGCAUCCAACUCCAAAAAACCCAGCAUGAGAGCGGAAGAGAACAAACCUACCAAUGAGUUCACUUUUGAGCCAAAAGACCAAAAGCUUAUUUACACUUUUAGCAACGUUACUAAGCUACCGAGUAGCAUAAAAUCAAGCUCCAGUCUGCAAAGCACCUGCUCAGCAAGACAGCAUUACCUGCGGCAAUCAAGAUACCUGCCUGGUUUGAUAAGUAAAAGCUCCCCGUCAACUGUGGAAACAGAGCCCCAGAGGGAACUGUGGGACAAGUGGUCAACACAUCCAAAGAAACCACUUGCUCCCACUGUUGGAACCGCAGUUACUCGAGUCACCCCAGGAAACUUUAUUAGCACCACAUACAACCUCUCUGGAGGUUAUAUUCCAUCUUUCCAGAAGAAGGAGGUUGGAUCAGUUGGCCAGAGGAUACAGCUUGCACAAAUUGGAAACCAGCAAGCACAUGCUGAUGGGUGGAAAAAAAUCUCUCAAGUCAAAGAGACAAGUUACUCAGCCCUGGGGAAAAAUUCUGGCAACAUUCUCCCUCAUGCAGCUCCUGUCCAACCUGUCCACGGUCGAGUGGACUGGGCAGCAAAGUACGGAAACCAUCGGUAGCACAUCAAAUCUUUACAGCCUCAGUUUGUACUAAUCUUCUCUAGCAGAGAAGUUUUAUAAUGUCUCAAACCCCACUGUGCAGACUGUUUUGUAGAAAAUGUUAUAAUUUUUGUAAAAGACAUUCACCCUAGAACUGAAAGAUUUUUUGUUUAUCGACUCUGUGAAAAUAAAAAAAAAUAAAAAAAAUUUAAAAAUCAUA